CCGCUGGCUCCCUACGGAUUGACCCAUCAGAAUGAGCUACCUGACAUUUGCUUUAUUGACAUUAUCAGGUGUCAUCUAUCUGAGAGCAGAGAAAAUUGUAUCUGGCUGGGAACAUGGAGCUGUCAGCAUCCCAUGUCAAUAUCCUACAAUAUACAGAUAUAAUGUUAAAUACUUGUGUAAAGGACCACUUUGGAAAAACUGCACCACUGUAAUAAGUUCUGAUAAACUACUGUCAGGGGAUUCUAGACUCUCUAUACAUGACAAUAAAAAUGGACUAUUCAAUGUAUCUUUCACUGGUCUGCUGAUAAAUGAUACAAGUCGUUACUGGUGUGCUUUGAAGGGAAUAAUUUUCAAACCUCACUACUCCUUAAACCUUGCAGUCUCUGGAGGUUUUGGAAAUCUGACCUUAAGUAACAUAUCAUUGUUUGGUGAGAAAGGAGGAUCUGCCAGCAUCCAUUGCACUUAUAUUCAACAAUAUGACAGUGCUCUGAAAUACUGGUGUAAAGGGAACCACCUGGGCUCUUGCAAGGCAUUAGUCAGCGGAGAGAAGAUAUCUCACACUGACAAUAAGACAGCAUGAUUCUUAAACCUGACUCUGCACAGCCUGAACGUGACAGA